CUUGCAUGAAAGUAGCAAACAUGAAAACAUAGACAAUGUGUCAGUUUGUAUAUAUCUAUGGAAUAACGAGAGCAUAAUUAUUAUGAUUUAUAUGCUCUGGAAUAACCAUAUCAUGAGCUGAUAUCCGAAUUUGCUGCAAGAAAAAUGUAGAGCUGCACCACCGCCAGCUAAGCCUGCACUACGGUCAUCUACGCCUGGACCACACGGCUAAAGACCCCUCUCGGCAACAUGAGUGAAUGACAAAAAGCCAGGAUGUCUAGUAAUGAUAUGCCAGCACGGGAGCCAACUAUUGUCCUAAACAGGAGGUUGCUAUUGGCUGCCGCAUCUGGUCACACUGACACAGUCACCACAUUACUAACAGCUGGAGCGAGUUUGGAAGCUGGUGAUGAUGAUGGCUUCACAGCUUUAAUACUUGCCGCUGGCAGCGGUCACACUGACACAGUCACAGUACUGAUAACGGCUGGUGCGAAUUUAGAAGUUGCCGAUAAGGAUGGCUGCACAGCUUUAAUGCUUGCUGCUGGUACCGGUCACACUGACACAGUCACAUUACUGAUAACGGCUGGUGCGAAUUUAGAAGUUGUCGAUUAUGAUGGCUAUACAGCUUUAAUGGUUGCCGUUGUCAGUGUUCACUCGGACACAGUCACGGUAUUAGCAAGUGCUGGUGCGAGUUUAGAAGCUGCCAACAAGGAUGGCUGCACAGCUUUAAUACUUGCUGCUUCUAGCGGUCACACUGACACAGUCACCACUCUAGUCAAAUGUGGUGCGAGUUUAGAAGCUGCCGAUAAUGAUGACUGCACAGCUUUAAUGACUGCUGUUGGUAGCGGUCAUACUGACGCAGUCAUGAUAUUGGUAACAGCUGGUGCUAGUUUAGAAGCCAGUGGUCAGGAUGGCUACACGGCUUUAAUACUUGCAGCUUCCGGAGGUCACAGUGACAUAGUCGCCAGACUAGUAACAGCUGGUGCAAAUUUAGAAGCUGUCGGUCAUGAUGGCUGGACAGCUUUAGUAUGCGCUGUUGACCAUGGUCACACGGAGACUGUCACCGUCUUACUAGCAGCCAGUGCGCGACAGAAGUCGGCACAACUCGCAUACCAAGUGAGUGCGCGGCGCGCCUGUGAGGUUACUCUCAACGACGGUUAUAGAAAAGCUGCCGGAGAGCUGUUAUCGUAUCUCUAUUUAGGAGAAUUAGAAUCUCGUUGCUACUGCGACGUGGAAGCUACUACGUCACGCAAUGACGUCAACAGUGUGACGUCACGCGCGCGGGUCCGGCGCGUGCGCUCGCUCACGGAUGUGUGGGAGCUGGAAGGUGUCGGCAGGUUAAGGCAUCCUGAGGAAUGCGCACAGAUACGGUUAGCCGUGCUCGAGUUAAUGGGGCGAGUGUCCGAGGAGAUUUCUGCGGCAGACCCUGAAUUCUCUUGCAAGCCCGUGCUCGUUGGCAGCACGGCUAAUCGCACCAAAGCUGGUUUGCCAGACGAGUACGACUUCAUGUUUGAACUAGACAAAUUUACCGGCAACGUGCUGAUCGAAGAAACGGAUACGCCUGGCAUUGUUCGAGUUAGAGAUUGUCAUGAUUGCAAGUGUCUCUUGGUCGAUCUUAAGGAGCAGUUCGUUCAAGUUUUGUGUCCAGCCAUGGCCAGCGUAAUGCAUAAAAGCGCAUCUAGUCCAUUGAAAUUCUCCCGGACAUCGCGGCCAGUGGAGUGGAAUAAAGUGUGCACGCAGUUUAAUCUCGUAUAUGCCGCAGGUGACGCAUACAAGAACCUUUCAAUAUCCGUGGAUAUCACGCCAUCUAUCCAAGUGUCAGGUAAACCAGCAGGUGCGACUGACCGAUUCCCUGUUGACUACCAUUACCAUGUUGUCCCGAAACCCGUAGUGGGUUCCGACGAAUACUGGUCAGUGUGUUCCGCAAAGGCAGAGAGUUUGCUUAUUACUGGGUUUCCUCAAAUUUACAGACAGGCUCUGAUUGUAGUAAAGGCUUUGCUAGAUGCAGGAAUACAGGAUUACGAUGAAAAGAUCCGAAAUUUAGCAAAUGAUAACAAUUUACGUAAAAACGUGGAGGUGUAUAGGUUGCGUCUGAACGCGAUAGACAUCAUUCGCCUGUUUAUUGCCACUCGGUCUAAACCCAAGAGCCUAAUCGACUCUUACUUCCUGAAGUUAGCUCUACUUCAUGUGUACUCUAUCAUGUCUUCUGGUGACUCAUCAUCACAUGUAAAACUGUCUGAAAUUGUUCGCGAACUAUUCAUGUUUAUAGAAACGUGUCAAACUAAAGGGGAAUUGAAACACCCGCUCAUUCCCUCUAUUGAUGUAUUGGCGGAAGAUAAAGGUAAGCUCAUCGAACACGUGCCGGCGGGAUAUUUGAGAAUGAAAGCUGUGAAAGCGGUACUAGCCCGUCUAGAUGACGGUCCGCUGGUAAGCAACAGCGGACUGCUGCAUCUUAGUGCUGAGGAGGUGUGGCAGCAGAUGGAAGAGUCGGUCAGGUCGGCGUGGCCUGACGAGGUGGAACUUGUUCACGGGUUCUUAGCAGAAGCUUGGGAUUUUUUGCGGAACACAUACGAAAAGGCAGAGUAGGUCUAUUUCGCCGGGGGUAAGACUUCGUGGAGAUUGAUGUAGGUCUCUGUUUAGUCUGUCACCAACUGUAAAAACGCCCACGGACGUAUUGAUUGACGUACGCAGCGAUGUGUAAUGCAGGAGACAAUGGAAAAGUGUGGUUAGUGAAUUCUGAAAAAUGACAAAGUGGCAAACGUAAAAAAAUGGCAAGGCAUCCAGGAUGAUGCCUUUGUUUCAUAAAUGUAUGCCUUUGCUAUAGAUUAUGUAUAAAUAUACGUUUCACACCUUUUUAUGGAUGUAUUAAAUAGUGCGUGUACGUGAUGUGUAAGUGACAACUUGGCCAUGACGAAAUGUGAUAUCUAUUUGCACCUGUAAAUGACUGUUGUGUAUUUAUUUAAUCGCUAUAUAAUAUAUGGAGUGCAAAUUUUAGAGAGAAAUCUCUGAACUGAGGUACUGAAUGUGGUGUUACUCUGUAUAUAACGUGUAAAUAAUUCGUAUAUGUUUAAACGUUUUAAUGCGGUGAUAUAAAAUAAUCUUAUUUGCUAGCUAUCCGUGCCAAUUCGUAUAUGCAUACAGAUUACGGAGGCUGUGAAUAAUUGAUGUUAUGAACCGUAUGUGUUUUUAUUUUUAUAUCUAUUUUAUCUAUUUUAUUUGAAACUGAAGAAUAGUGGUUCUGGAUUAUAUAGUGUUUAUACGAUUUACCGAUUAUGAUAACGGUGCACUUGGGCUAAAAAUGUCAUAUUGGGUUAAAAAUGCACAAAAAACGGAAUUUAUCGCGUGAUUUUAUUCGUUCGAGGGUUAACAGUGCGCUACAGUGAAUGUGUGUUACAUGAGUAUUCCUAUGAUAACGAUACUCCGAUUAAGUAUACAAUAACAGUAAUGGAACUGACAUGCGUCAAGUUUGUUUUGUUUCAUUUGUAAACGAACCACUACGAAAAAAUGUAUGGAACAGUCUGGAAACAAUGAGAACGGUGGUGAAAUAUAUUCGAAA